UAAUCAUCGCAAACAUAAUAAUCCUAUUUUUUCUUCUGUGCGGCAUUUUAGUGAUUUUGUAAUAAUUUUUUGAUUUACAUUAAAUUUUCUACAUAAAAGGUAGAAUUGUUAUACGUUUCAAUAUUUAUGAGAAUACAUAUAAAAAUUUUUAUCUUAGAUUAAUGAAGUAAUGGCUGCGCAAUUUUUGAACCGUGUCGGACAAUUUGGUUUAGGUGUUGCUAUUGUGGGAGGCGUUGUCAAUUCAGCAUUAUAUAACGUCGACGGUGGGCAUCGUGCAGUUAUAUUUGACCGGUUUACCGGUGUUAAAAAUGAAGUUACUGGCGAAGGCACACAUUUCUUUAUACCUUGGGUUCAACGUCCGAUAAUUUACGAUAUACGCUCACAACCACGAAAUGUUCCCGUGGUCACCGGCAGUAAAGAUUUACAAAAUGUUAAUAUCACCUUGCGAAUUUUAUAUCGUCCCAUACCAGAUCAAUUGCCAAAAAUUUACACUAUUUUGGGCCAGGACUAUGAUGAGAGAGUGUUGCCUUCCAUAGCCCCCGAAGUUUUAAAGGCUGUUGUAGCCCAAUUUGAUGCCGGCGAAUUGAUAACACAGCGUGAGAUGGUUUCCCAACGAGUAUCAGACGAAUUGACUGAACGUGCUAAACAGUUUGGCUUUAUUUUGGAUGAUAUUUCUAUCACUCAUUUAACUUUCGGACGCGAAUUUACUUUGGCUGUCGAAAUGAAGCAAGUGGCGCAACAAGAAGCUGAAAAAGCUCGUUUUGUGGUGGAAAAGGCUGAACAGCAGAAAUUGGCGGCUAUCAUUUCAGCGGAAGGUGAUGCUACUGCUGCUGGAUUGUUAGCCAAAGCAUUCGGUGAAGCAGGCGACGGUUUAGUAGAAUUACGCCGUAUAGAAGCUGCCGAAGACAUCGCCUAUCAACUGUCUAGAAGUCGCGGUGUAGCCUAUUUACCUGGAAACCAAAAUACAUUACUUAAUCUACCUUCCACAUUAGCGCAAUAAAUGCGCCUUCGAAAAAAUUUUACAAUAAAUUUCGGCAUUUAUAUUCCUCUCAAAACUGUGGUCCGGAAACAUUUGGAAGAUUCCACCAUUGCCUUUUUGUGAAUUAAUUCUUUAUAAACAUUGACAUAAAACUAAUUUCUGAACUUUUUUGUCUGCAAUGAAGCUAACUGGUCAGCUAUAAGUAAAAAUGAAUAUUUUUUUAAUAUUGUUGAAUAAAAGCUUCCGCAGAAAUCAGGCGAAUUCAAUUGCA